CUCCGGAAGUGAUGUAACCAGACACGCGUGGCGCGGGCCGCCGUUUCCGCAAACAGAAUCGCGUUUGGUGUGCUGGAUGUGUGAACCUGUUGGGUACUGUACAACUUCAAGCCUCGAAAUCAGAUAGGCACUGCCAACCUCAUUUCCUGUUUCACCUUGAUUUUCUGUAAUACCAAAAUCUCAGCUUCACAAAGUCAUUGAAAGUGUUGGUUCAUGAAGUUUUACCAUCAAUUCAAGCAAUCAUAAAUGGCAAAUUCUACAAAAGCAGAGGAAUAUGAAAAGAUGUCUCUUGAACAGGCAAAAGCGUCAGUGAAUUCUGAAACAGAGUCUUCAUUCGAUAUUAAUGAAAACACAACGGCUUCUGGGACUGGGCUUUCUGAAAAGACUUCUGUCUGUAGACAAGUAGACACAGCAAGAAAGAGAAAAGAGUUUGAAGAUGAUCUUGUAAAGGAAAGUUCUAGUUGUGGGGAAGACACUCCAUCCAAGAAGAGAAAACUUGAUCCCGAAAUUGUCCCAGAGGAAAAAGAUUGUGGUGAUGAUGAAGGCAAUUCAAAGAAAAGAAAAAGAGAAACUGAGGAUGUUCCAAAAGAUGAAUAUUCUACUGGAGAUGGCCCUCAAAAUAAGAGAGAAGUAGCACUUGAGGAUGUUCCUGAAAAGCAGAAAAAUCUGGAAGAAGGACACAGCUCAGCAGUGGCUGCCCAUUACAAUGAACUUCAGGAAGUUGGUUUGGAGAAGCGUAGUCAAAGUCGUAUUUUUUACCUAAGAAACUUUAAUAAUUGGAUGAAAAGUGUUCUCAUUGGAGAAUUUUUGGAAAAGGUACGACAGAAGAAAAAACGUGAUAUCACUGUUUUGGACCUGGGAUGUGGUAAAGGUGGAGAUUUGCUCAAAUGGAAAAAAGGAAGAAUUAACAAGCUAGUUUGUACUGAUAUUGCUGAUGUUUCUAUCAAACAGUGUCAGCAGCGGUAUGAGGACAUGAAAAAUCGUCGUGAUAGUGAAUAUAUUUUCAGUGCAGAAUUUAUAACUGCUGACUGCUCAAAGGAACUUCUGAUUGAAAAAUUUCGUGACCCACAAAUGUGUUUUGACAUCUGCAGUUGUCAGUUUGUCUGUCAUUACUCAUUUGAGUCCUAUGAACAGGCUGACAUGAUGCUGAGAAAUGCGUGUGAGAGACUUAGCCCUGGGGGCUAUUUUAUUGGUACUACUCCCAAUAGCUUUGAAUUGAUAAGACGCCUUGAAGCUUCAGAAACAGAAUCAUUUGGAAAUGAAAUAUAUACUGUGAAAUUUCAGAAGAAAGGAGAUUAUCCUUUAUUUGGCUGCAAAUAUGACUUCAACCUGGAAGGUGUUGUGGAUGUUCCUGAAUUCUUGGUCUAUUUUCCAUUGCUAAAUGAAAUGGCAAAGAAAUACAAUAUGAAACUAGUCUACAAAAAAACAUUUCUGGAAUUCUACGAAGAAAAGAUUAAGAACAAUGAAAAUAAAAUGCUGUUAAAACGAAUGCAGGCCUUGGAGCCAUAUCCUGCAAAUGAGAGUUCUAAACUUGUCUCUGAAAGGGUGGAUGACUAUGAACAUGCAGCCAAGUACAUGAAGAACAGUCAAGUAAAGUUACCUUUGGGAACCUUAAGUAAAUCAGAAUGGGAAGCUACAAGUAUUUACUUGGUGUUUGCCUUUGAGAAACAGCAGUGAGCACACAGGCAGUAGUCCCAGAGGGGCUAUGUUCUGUCCUGCACAAAUUUGAACAACUCAUCUCGAUAUAUUUGACGUUUCUCUGUUUGUUGAUUUUAAUUCUAAAUGUGCAGGAUACUGCCAGAAACUGCAGUGUAGAAAUUCAGCAUUUGCUGUCUGUGACAGAUGAACUUUUGCAUGUGUAUAUAAGAAUGAAUUGGGACCUCUGUCUUUAAAAAAUCUAUUUUUAGGUAAUGUUCUAAGAAUUCCAUUUGCCUCUAUGAUCUUAGCUCAUAAAAAUAUGACUUGUUAAAGCAACUAAACUCUUUCCACAGUGCUCAGAUUUGUCCUGUGUGUGUUUACAGUAUUCAAUUUAUUGCAGUUGUAGAAUUGGUCAGAGAGCAUUUUCAUAGUAUGUUCAUUUCUAUGGUUUUGUUAUAUAGCAUUUUUCAAGAUUUAAUGGUCUGUACAGUUGAAUGUAAGUGUUCAAUAUGUAUUGUUAAAGUUAUAAGUUUAAGACUCAAUUUCAGAUGUUCAUGAAAGUUGCUUAGCUGAAAUUUUAGCAAUUUAUUGCAUUUUGAAAUAAUCAUUAACAUGCCACAAUUCAGGAGCUGGUUAGAACACUUUAAGUGGCAGCAUAGAAUUUUGGAAUUUUGGGGCUUUCUUUUGAGAAUUUACUACCACAGCGAUUAAUGUUUCCAGUUACCAAGAUUGUGAUUAGACACAUUUACCUUUCUUCAUUGAACAAAUGGUGCCAUAGUUAUUUUUCUCAAAAUUUAAUGAAAAUCCCUCCCAUGUAAACAUGUUGCAUAUUUUUUCCAAAUUUAUACAUGGAACUGCGUUAGGAAUAUUCUCACCAACUGAUGCUGUGUACCCACUUCAGCCCAGAAAUAAGCAAUACCUGUUCUUCUGUUACAACCUCAGCACUUUGUACCAUACGAGCCAUUGUUAAAAUUGUCACUUGUAUAAUUGACUGCUUUUCCAAAACUGGUACCUAUGUGAACUGUUGUUCUUACUUUACACCACCAUUUGGAAAACUUGCCAGUUUUUAGAUGUAGAUGUAGUGAAUGAAGCAGAGCAAUUGAGUAUUCUUUUUUAAAUUAUUAAGCCAUGGUUUACAAAAACAUCACUUUCUGUAGUAAUUCACAAUGCUUGUUUUAAAAACAUAGUGUCUUCAUUAGUUUACAUGUAUUAACCGUUCAUGGUGUUAGAGUUGCAAGCUUUUUAGCAAGAAAAUAUGGGUUUCCUCAUUUCAGUUCCUUCUGCAACCUGUGAAUCUCCAACGUGUUACCUAGUUUACAAAAAUAAGUCUUUUUGCCUUAAGUCGUUUGGGAAGUAAGUAAUACUGCAUCUGACUCUGGUGGCUGUCAUUAGCUAGGAAAAGUUUGCAAAUAGUGUUGGUGAGGUGGGGAAAGGAAGUCUUCCUGUCACAUAUACAGGUUCGUUUUCAUUCUAGGGCAGUGCCGGGAAGUAUAUUGAUAGCUUGGUAGGUACAGGAAAAGCAUCAUCAUUAUUUCCUCGAUUCGCAUUUACUGUUCUUAAUUAACAGGUGAUAAUAAUACAUGUACUUUUAGCCUCUUUCAGCCUCUUCCACGCCAUGGGUAAUUUGGGGGAGAGAAGAAUCCUCCAAAGGAUGGAAUAACCAGUGGUAAUACAAGGCAGGGAGAACAGAAAGGUAGAGUUCCUAAGAACUCUUCAGCGAACAGAAAGGAGCAGAGAGCGAGAUUAGAUAUGAGAAGACGCACUGGGGACUGAACCCACUGUUGCUGGUGUGGGGGAGGCUCACUGGAGCCACGUCUGCAGGCACUGUGUUCAGGCAGCACCUUCCUCCUUGAGCUUUGCCUGCUGGAGCCACCUCUGCAGGCACUGCGUUCAGGCAGCCGCCUUCCUCCUUGAGCUUUGCCUGCUGGAGCCACGUCUGCAGGCACUGCGUUCAGGCAGCACCUUCCUCCUUGAGCUUUGCCUGUCUCUUGCCGUAUCGGUUCUUCCUCCACCACCCUGCAACCCCUCCCCGCCCCCAGCCCGUGUCUCCUUGCUACAAUUAAGUUUCUGGACAUUGACUUAAGAACUGUUAGGAAAAAGACUAGAAAUGGCAUCCCCUGCCUAUCCUCUCCAACCACCAAGGUGGAAGGGACCUAGUAGGACUCCCUCGACCCACCUUGCAGUCUAAAUGUUCAGUUUUCUACUCAGGACUUACGGUGACUAUUGUGAGGGGGGCAUGGCUUUUCACCAUCAGGCCAGGAAGAGCACCUGUUGCUGCAAGCUCAGUCAAGUGGGGCACUCCCAGACCUGCCAUGCAGUGUAUCCUCUGAGAAUGGAAUUAUAAAUGAAGACCCAACCAGCUAUUGGUGGGAAUGACGGCACUGGGGAUUGCGCUGAUUGAUCUGGGAACAUGGCUGGAUUGUGAUGGAACGAAGACUGCUGAUGUUCAAUGCUUUGGGUCUAGAAUAUACUUGAGAAAAAGCACUGGUGGCUUGUGGUCAGGGAGGGGAGCUGGCAGUUUUUAACCACUUCUGAGGAAGCCAUGUUCUAACCUGCGGAAAGUAUUGCAAUUCUGUGAGAGGGCCUCUGCAGAGCCACUGCAACAUCCGGCUUGGCCCUCCUGUGCCUUCAGUACCCAACCAGGCUCUCUGGGUCCAGGGUGACUCUCCAAAGAAACUGGCCUUCAGCCGGAGAAAACAUUGGGUGGAGACUCUCACUUAUGUUAAUGCAUUCUUGUGAUGACUGAAAGGUAGAUUGCCGGCACAGUGAGUUUCCCAGCCUGCUCCCCACCCACACUUGGAAAUCAAGGGAGCAUGAUCGCUGUCUGACUUCACAUGUUAAUAGAGAAUCAGAGCAGAGUUGAGAGAGUAUAUUGGUCAGCGUCAUAGAAAAGCAGACAAAGGUUGCUCAGCCAUGAGAUGGCCAGGUAUCCAGUUUUGUUAACUCUCUUGGGAAUUUCUUCUUAAUCUGUUUUUUAGCUUAGCACCAUUAUGUCAUUUUGAUUUGUAUUCAAGUACUCUUCAAGUAUCUUUGUGAUGAAGGUUUGGUUAUUUGUAUAGAUCUGCCUGCAAGGUGAAAAUGCCAGUGUGAAUAUUCUAGCUCCGAACAUUGUUUUUUGUUGAAAAACUGGCUUUCUGUUGUCUACCUCAGGCCUUGUGCAUUUGGGUUAUCUCAAGCCAGUCACCACAGAGGGUCUCUAGGGUCUGCAAAAUAGAGGCCAAAUCCAGGGACCAGGCCGCAGUAAUGGAAGUUGUACCAAAAUGCCUGUGGUACUUGAUGGCCUGUUGGUCACAUAGGAAGUGUGUGUGAUGUUAGAACCUCCCUCGUUGCUGCUACAUCAAACACUACACACUUGACAAGUGUCUUCAUUCCCCGCCCUCUGGCAGAACAACAUUCCUAAUUCUUUGAAGGCAACUGGUGCAAAGGCUACUACACUUGCGCAAUGAUAUUUAGCAGAUAUGGACGGGACUGGAUCCCGGGGCACUGUCAGCACUUCUCUCCCUCUUGUGCUUCCCAGUGUGUCCUCUGCUCCCAUGUAGGCCUAAAGCCACCCCACUCCUUAGUGCCUGCGCCUCACCACCAUAUUGAGGAAGCUGAGGACACCCAAGGGUGCUCUCCACAGUUUGGCUGUGGAGACUUGAGCAAGCCCUAAAAUCCCUGCUCCCUGGACUUCUCCUGGGUUGUGCUUUUCUGGGGACAGCAUACCUUGGACAAAGCUGAGCUGACAGCUAAUGUUUAUUAGUCUCUUGCCUAAGUCAGUCACUUUGCUAAAUUCUUCUCCUCUGGUAACUCGUUUUGAUUGUUACAACAUCUCAGCACCAUUAUUCCCAUUUUAAUGAUGAGGAAACUGAGUCAUAGAGGAUACAGACUUGCCCAGAGGAGAGCCAGGAUUUUCACACCCCCCUCCCCAAGUCGGGCCUGCCCUCCAAGUGCUUGUUAUAUACCUCCACAGGUGUCAGCCCAGAUGACUCCACCCAUCCGCCACCUGCAGCUUGAGGUGUUAACUGUUAGAGCUCCAUGCUUUUGGUUCAAAAUGCUGGUACCUACUUAGAUGUUCCCUGGGAGGAGUGUUUCUUUCUGAGUAAGGGGCUUUUUUGAAAGAGGGGGUUAGAGAGAGCAAGACAGCCCUCAAGUGCACUGGCAGGAAGCAAAGAUAAGACUUGAAUUUCAGUUUGAUAGACCUCCUCCUUUAGCAGCCCAACCUGUAGCAAAUCUAGUUUAGCCUGCAUGACAGGGAGAGGGGUUCUCUUCCCACCCUCACCAUUUGCAAGUGGCAGGAGCUGAGGAUGCCAGUACAAGAGUGUAGCCAAAGUGAGAGGCUGAGAGGAGGCCUUUCUUUCAGGUUUGAGUUGAGUAUCCAGACAGAGGCAAAUCAUUUUAACUUUUUAUUAAAGUGUAACUAUAGAAACACACCAAUGAUUUUUCACAAAUGGAACACGUGCAUACAAUCAGCACCCCAGAAGCCCCCCAUCAGAUUCCCUUCUAGUUAACUACCUCUCCAAGGGAAACCACUAUCCUGAGUUCUAAGAGCAUAGAUUAGUUCUGUCUGGUUUGGGAUGAUAUAUAAAUGAAAUUAUGUAUUCUUUGUAUCUGGUUUCUUUUCACCCAUAUUAUGUUUGUGAGAUUUUUGUUGCAUGUAUUUGUACAUAAUUUUUCAUUCUCAUGGUUGUAUAAUAUUCCAUUGUGUGAAUAAACCACAUACUAUUUAUCUGA